GCGCCGAUCGAGCCAGUUCCACGCGGCGUGCGUGCGUGCGUGCUGGCUGCAGGACCUGGAGGCCGGACGCCGCCCCUGCAGACUGACGCAUAUAACGCCGCGGCAGCCACGGCCGUCAGGCUUACAAGAAACUCAUAUAUCCCUCCAUCUCCAUAUCUAAAACAGACGCGAUCGAGAGCGGCGGAAGGCGCUAUAACUAGCUAGCCUGGGUCAGCCCAGCGGGCACAUGCGAAGAAGAGACACUGCCUGCAGACCGUCCGGGCUCUUCUCCUCCUGCAAUGAGAGGGAGCGCCGCUGCCGAUGUCUUCUUGCCUCUUGGCCGUCGUCUCGGCACCGUCGUGCUUUCGCUGCUGCUAGUUCUGGUGAUCUUGGCAGAGGGGAGCAGUAGUAACAAGCAGCAGAAGAAGAACAGGGGGCACAACUACGAGGAGGCGCUGCGGAAGAGCCUGCUCUACUUCGAGGCGCAGCGCUCCGGGCGGCUCCCCCACGGGCAGCGCGUGCCCUGGCGCGACCACUCCGGCCUCACCGACGGCCUCGAGCAAGGGGUGGACUUGGUGGGGGGAUACUAUGAUGCCGGGGAUCAUGUCAAGUUCGGGCUGCCGAUGGCGUUCACGGUGACGAUGCUGUCGUGGAGCCUGGUGGAGUACGGCGGCGACGUGGCGGCCGUCGACGGCGGCGAGCUCGCGCACGCGAUGGAGGCCAUCAAGUGGGGCACCGACUACUUCAUCAAGGCGCACACGCAGCCCGACGAGCUGUGGGCAGAGGUGGGUGACGGCGACACGGAUCACUACUGCUGGCAGCGGCCGGAGGACAUGACGACGUCGCGGCAGGCUUACAAGGUGAACCGCGACCGCCCCGGCUCCGACGUCGCCGGCGAGACGGCGGCCGCCAUGGCCGCCGCCUCCAUGGUCUUCCGGAGCUCCAACCCGCACUACUCCCACCUCCUCCUGCACCACGCCCAGCAGUUGUUCGAAUUCGCGGACAAGUACAGGGGCAAAUACGACAGCAGCAUCGCGGAGGUGAAGAGCUACUACGCGUCGGUGAGCGGGUACAAGGACGAGCUCCUGUGGGCCGCCCUCUGGCUCCACCGGGCCACGGGCCGGGCCUCUUACCUGGACUACGUGGUGGACAAUGCCCACGACUUCGGCGGCACGGGCUGGGCCAUCACCGAGUUCAGCUGGGACGUCAAGUACGCCGGCGUCCAGAUCCUCGCCGCCAGACUGCUGUUAAGAGGGGAGCACACGGAGCGGCAGAGGGAGACGCUGGAGCAGUACCGGGCCAAGGCAGAGCACUACGUGUGCGCGUGCCUGGGCCGGAACACGGCCCAGGCCCAGGACGACGACUCCGAGCCCAGCAACAACAACGUGGAGCGCAGCCCAGGAGGGAUGCUCUACGUCCGGCAGUGGAACAACAUGCAGUACGUGACCAACGCGGCAUUCCUCCUCUCGCUCUACUCCGACUACCUCUCGGACUCCACCACCACCGUUCCGACAACCGUGACGUGCGCCGGGGGCGAGACGGCCGACGCCGGGGAAGUGUGGGCUUUGGCGAGAUCCCAGGUGGACUACGUGCUGGGCGACAACCCAAGAGGGGUGAGCUACCUGGUGGGCUACGGGCCCAAGUUCCCGGCCCGGGUGCACCACCGGGCCGCGUCCAUCGUGCCCUACAAGCGCAGCAAGGCCUUCAUCGGGUGCACGCAGGGGUUCGACCACUGGUUCGGCCGCCGGAGCUCCAACCCCAACGUGCUCGUGGGGGCCAUCGUCGGCGGGCCUGACAGGCGGGACCGGUUCAGGGACGACAGGGAGAACUACAUGCAGACGGAGGCUUGCACGUAUAACACGGCCCCCAUGGUCGGGAUGUUCGCCAAGCUCAAUCGGGUGGCGAGGGAAGAAGAACGGCAGAGACUGGCGAUGGCGGCCGACGUGUAGAUGAUGAUGGUGAUGAAUGUAGAUGUAGGUUGUAGAGGGGGCUGUACAAUUUUCCCCAUUCUUUGGUGGUUCGGAUUUUUGGUUUCUCUUUGGAGGUCUUUUUUAUACAUAUACAGGUUGGAAUUGGUUGUAGUAUAUAUAUACGAGGGGAAAAGGUGGAGGCAUUGACAUGCAAAUGUAAAUUCGCUGCCGGUGCAUAAAAAGAAAGCAGAAUUGCUAUUGCAUA